GAACAAUCAGGAGAUUUGUUUUUGUUAUAGUGUACAAAAAAUAGCUACAAAAGUAAUUAUCCAACUAUUAAUAAUAAAUACACACUUUACACCAUAUAAUUUUUUUUUUUAUAAUCGAUAUUUAUCAUGCAAAUUGUUGGGGUGAAGAAAAGGAAAUAUCGUACCUGCGAAUCCCGAGUUUAAUUCUCGGUUGGUUUCUCAAAAUUUCCAUACAAAUUUCUCGCUAUAAGUGAAACAACACAUGUCUCAUUUUUCUGUGUGAAAAUUACUACUUUUCUCAGGUUAAUAGCAAGUAGGAGAAAAUGGGUAGGCUUUUUGUGUUAACUCUUGAAGGAAGCAUCUACAAAUGCAAGUACUGUCAAACUCAUCUAGCAUUGGCUGAUCACAUUAUUUCUAAGUCAUUUCACUGCAGUCAUGGGAAGGCUUACCUCUUUGAUAAGGUAGUGAAUGUCACAGUUGGAGCAAAAGAAGACCGGAUGAUGAUGACCGGAAUGCAUACUGUUGUUGACACAUUCUGUGUGGGGUGUGGGUCAAUUGUGGGCUGGAAAUAUGAAGCCGCACAUGACAAGACCCAAAAGUACAAGGAAGGGAAAUUCAUUCUUGAGAGGUUUAAGGUCGCGGGUCCAGAUGGAAGCCUCUAUACAGUAAGCCUCGAUGAUCAACUUGGAAGUGAUGCAGAUGAACCUUGACUAGAUAAUAGCCAUCUUGAAUUUUGCCCUCGUUGACUUUGCUUUGACAGAAGUGAAAUAUUCUGCAGUAGGUUGGUUUAAGCAAUCAGAUAGUUUCAGUAUUUUGGCUGAAGGUUUUGUUUGAUCUUGAUCACAUUGCCAACCACAUUUAGGUACAGAAAUAGAAGGUACUUAUCGGUAUUAAACAUCUUGCAGUAAGUAAUUCUUUUCAAAAGAAUUCCAGUGCUCAAUUGCUGGAGGCGUUAUGCCAAGUACAUUGAGUAACCUCGUUGUUUCAACUCUCUAGGAUAAGAUGAAGUUCAGGCUUCCCCAAUUAA